AUGAAUCCGCAUCAGCAGCACGGGGUGCGAAUCAAAGAAGAGCAUGAUGAGCUCGGGAUUUGGCUACCAGUGAAGCAAGAGCGCUUUUCUGAGGAGCGCUUCCCCGCUGUCGUUCCCAAAGUCGAGCCAAUCGAUCACAACGACAUGAUCUCCACCCAGCGAAAGAUCAACAAGAAACCCAAACGAGUUAGACAGACAACGAAGGAUAAAAAUCGCAUCCAACGUCUCGAAACGGAGCUCAGACAGGCUCACGAAGAAUUCUCAGCACAGCGAAUGAAGGACAUUGAGAAAAACCUCAUCUUCACCCAAGCGGCUAUCACCACUCCAAAGAAGCCUGGCACUAUCAAGCACUUGUUACUGGAGAAUCUUCAACUGCAGAAGAGACUUGAGGAGAUGCAGCAAGAGGCCGAAACCACAAAGCGCAACGCUGAAGCGUACAACAACAGCAUCGAGCACAAGAAAGACGUGGAAGACCAGGAAGUGAUAAGGCAACUAUGGGUCAACGUUGCAGCUGAACAGGCUCGUAACAGAGAGUUGAAUCUUAGCCUACAGAAUCAGGGCAAGAAGCUGAAAGAGGAAGGAAGAAAAAGGAGGAAGGCUGAAGAGCGGUUGCGCGAGGCUGCGGAUCGGUUAUACCGCUUUACUGGUUUCGAGGAAUAUCCGUCUGAGGAGAGUGAAGAGGAGCUUGAGGAAGGAGAGAUACUUGAGGAUGCAGAGGUCGCGGAACGAGUCUUCAUCAAGGAUGAAGAGUUGAUGGAGGAUGAAUGA